CUGAGGAGUGUGGGACGGUGUUAAUGUCUGCCUACUCAUUGGUAAGGUGCGUGUCCCCUGUGUCCGCUUCGGUCGCCCGUUUAGGAAUGCACUCUAUGGCACUGACGCUUGGCUAAAUCGCGAAGAAGGCGCGUUAGGAACGAAUUCGCUAUUUUCGGCGCUUGCGCUGUCAUUUUCACCCGUCGGUUGACAAACAUCGGAGCCUGCGCCGUAUUUGUCGAUGCAUUGAUAGCUAGCCAGCUAGUUAGCAGGAGAACUAGCCCAUUCGGUGGCUAGCCAGCCAGCACGCAUUCUGAGCUUUCAUUACCGAGCGCUCAAUAAGUUUAGGUUCUUCAACCGGACCGCCUACUGUGCGCAUACUGGUGUAUUUAUUAGCUAAUUAACGUUACUCGAUCAGCAAAAAGAGGGACUCGAGGGGGGCAGGGAGAGAACGACGGAGGCGCGGUGAGCCAGGAGCGGCCGAUGAGUUCAGACCAGGGCGGAGAGCCGCAGCUGCAGGAGGAGGCUGAGCCGGGACCCAAACCCCGUGGGGAGGACGAGAUCACACCCGGGACCGGGGGAGACUCGGGCGUCAUGGUCACUGCUAAAGGAGCUGGUCUGAACCCUAAUGCCAAGGUGUGGCAGGAGAUCCCAGCAACACAAAGCGAAGCUCCUGUGGAUGGCACUGUGGCCUCCCCCUGGUCCCAGAACAAUACAGCUGAAGAUAACUCUGUAGGUAAACAGUACAUGCCUGGCUUCUCCACUCCUGAGGACAACAGCACCACUGGUACUGUAGUAGGUGUGGUGAACGGUAUGGACCCCCCUGACCAAAGCUUCCCGGUUUCUGAGCACACUACAGCAACUAAUGUGGAGUCCAAGCUCCCUGAGGAACAGCCUGUCUCUCAAGAGACUUUGCGUGAGUCUCUCAAAAAAGAAUUGGAGUUCUGUUUCUCCAGGGAGAACUUAUCUAAGGAUCUUUACCUAAUAUCUCAAAUGGACAGUGACCAGUUUGUCCCUAUUUGGACUAUUGCCAGCAUUGAAGGAAUCAAGGUCCUCACAACUGACACGGACCUCAUCUUGGAUGUUCUCAGAUCAUCUCCAAUGGUUCAAGUUGACGAAAAAGGAGAAAAGGUGCGGCCAAAUCACAAGCGAUGCAUCAUCAUUCUGCGAGAAGUCCCUGAAACAACACCUGUUGAGGAAGUGGAAGCCUUGUUUAAGAAUGACAACUGUCCCAAGGUAAUAAGCGUGGAGUUUGCACACAACAACAACUGGUACAUUACAUUCCAAUCGGAUACAGACGCUCAACAGGCAUACAAAUAUUUAAGGGAAGAAGUGAAGACAUUUCAGGGAAAACCAAUCAUGGCCAGAAUAAAAGCCAUCAACACGUUCUUUGCGAAGAAUGGUUACCGCAGCCUGGACUGCAGUGUGUAUCCUCAGCAAUCUCACACUCAGUCCCAGUACAGCUCCCCUCUCUUCAUGCAGCCUGUUUACAGCCCCCAGCAGCAGUACCCACUCUACGGCAUAGUACCUCCUACCUGGACGCCAUCUCCGACUCCAUACUUUGAGACACCCCUCGCACCUUUUCCCAACAGUGGUUUUGUCAAUGGAUUUAGCUCACCUGGACACUACAAAACUGGCUCAACUUCUCUCAACCUUAGCCGUCCCUUUAGCAGGAACCGUGUUCCACUCUAUUCAAGAAAGAAUGUAAUAAAUGCCUUCAGGAACCAUGUGAAGCCUCAGACGAGGGCUAAUGAUGGGCCGUCUUCCACUGUGUCUCCGGUGGCUCUUGUGGAUGGGUUGUCUGGUCUGCACAGUCCCCAGCCUCCAUCCAGCGCCGGGCCAGUGCUGUCAUCCACUGAACUCAACUCAUCCUUUCCACACCUAGCUUCCAAUGAUCCAACUGAUGAUGGUACCAUGGCGGGACGGGGAAGGAGAACGACAUACAGAGGCACUCGAAGGCGGCGAGAGGAUGAUCGCACAACAAGACCAGUUCCCCUGUCUCAAGUGAAGGUACCGCCCCCCAAGUUUGACCUGGCUGCCUCCAACUUCCCUCCGCUGCCUGGCUGCUCUGCCAGUCCGCUGGGGGAGCCUGUGCUGGAGAACCGGCUCUCUGAUGUUGUACGGGGCCUGAAUAGGGAAAAGCAGCAGGAUUCAAACAAAGAGUCCGCUGCGAGUCCCGCAGGCCCAGCCUCAGAGGAGACCGUCUCCAGGCCCACCCAGCCUGUAGCCAAGAUGACUGCUCACGUCCCUGAUCCCGUGACCUCCAGCUCCAACCACCUGGAGAAGAAACCAGAGAAGGUGGAGCCUCCGGUUUAUAAAGAGACGUCUGUGACCUCUGCCCCCGUUGCAGCCAUGCCACCCACCCCUGCCCCAACAGCACCUGGUCCAAAGCCUCAGGCCAGCUCGGCCACACCUGCAGCCACCCCCCAAUCUAACACUGCCCCCUCCAGUACUCCUGCGCUGGAACCUCGCAAGCUCAGUUAUGCUGAAGUAUGUCAGCGACCACCUAAGGAUCCCCCUCCUUCAGCAUCCACUUCCAGCCCCAACAAUGCAAGCACGCAGCCUCUGAGAGAGCUGCGCGUCAACAAGGUGGAGGAGCAACAGCCCUCCAGCCCUGCAAACAAACAGGAGCGGCCUCAGGAAACGGGGGGAAACUGCAAGGCCAGGGAGGGCCGACCGGCCCGUGACUCCCAGGGCUUUUCUCGCAGCAAUGGACCCCCCAGAACCAGUGCAGGGAGGUUCAAGCUACGGGAGCAACAGAGACGCCCUCCUUUUGGCCAACGUGGUUCCCCCCAGGGAGGUUCCAGACACACUGGGAAAGAGCAGAACAUCCCCCCCAUAUCGCCAAAGUAAAGACUAUAAACAGAAAUCCUUAAUGUAUGAAUAUUUACACACGCAUAUAUAUAAGAUAUAUAUAUGUAAAUAUAUAUAAAGAGAUGAAAUAUGAUAUAAAAUUCAAAAUUUAAAAUGGUAUUCACCUCUCCUGCCUGGAGCACUUCCAGAGGAAAAGUCUCAUGAAGUGACAAUGCACAGACUGGGGUAUCCAGGCAAAAUGGGCAUCAGAAAUUAGAAGCAGUUGUUGCUUGCUGAAGGACGCCAUCGAAUAGGAAACAAAAAAAAACAAAAACAUUUUAUGCUUCUAACUUGACAAUGUCCCUUCAGAAUGUAAAUCCAUGUGAGUUUUUUUUUCUUCUUGAAAGGAGGGUGGCCUCUCAGCUUGGGAGAGGGGAAAAUGGGUGGUCUGAUGGCCCUGAUCAGUGUCUGCAAAGAGCAUAUGCACUAAGAAAAGGAACAUGCAUAAACGAUGUCAUGUACCUAUACAAAGAUAUCACUUUGACAUGCAAUGAUUCAUCUUUUUCUUUUCUUUAGUUUUCGGGUGCUUCAUUCACAAUCACAGGACACUGAGCGCUCGCCCCCGGGGUGGUUUGACCGUGUAAAUGAAAUUUUGUGGUUUGCUUUAGAGUCGAUUCAUCUGGGAUUUAGAUCCCGUGUAGAAUACGCCACGCGUGCUUAAGUGAAUAAUUUCGCAAGUAUCUUUAGGGCUGACAGUGCGAUUUGGUCUGGAGUUUUGCAUUAGUUCGUGUGACAUACUGUAGCUCGUGAUUAAUUCUGGAACGGGCGUUCGGAUUUACUUACGAUCAACUUUGGAGCCUUGUUAAUGUUUCAAAUAUAUAGCCUACUGUCACUUCGUGAAGUCAAAGCCUGCCAAUUAUGAUGCUGUUAUGUCACUGGUUUGCUGAUGGGUGAUUCGUUUCUUUUUCAUUUUAUGUGUGAUUUUGUCAUUGUUUUUGUAGCUAGUUUGAGUAACCAACAGCCUGUGAAUGAUAACUCUAACAGUCAGGUACAUAGGUACUCAUGAACUUUGUGUCAUCUCAGAUUUGUCAUUUUUGUGCAUUCUCCUUCCUGGACUGCUCAAAUAUCCUGAUAAUCAGUCAGGCUCUUGACUAUGUUUACAACAAGGUGGUGGUGGAUUGGAGUAAUGCAAGGCAGAGUCAGAAUCAUGUUCAUUAUGUGGAUAGGUUCUUAUUUAGAGGGUUUCUUAUAUUAAUUGUCAGUACAUUCAGAGUUGGUUGGUUGUAUGGAGCAGUUGGUCGUCAAGCUGGUCUGAAGUUUAGUUUCUAUCCAUUACUGUUGAAAUGAUAAAAUAUGGUUACCACUGUUAUAUCUAAAAUAAGGCACAAUCAGCUCAUCUUUUUGUGUUUCAGUAGAAGAAAUCCUAAAUUGUUUAGCUUUUGGUCAUUUAGAAACCAAAAUCAACAGUGCUGGUCUCUUUCAGCCAUUUUUAUGAUGAUUUAUGUGCAAAUCUAAUGCCCAGAGUGGGUUAUCUGGCUCAGGGUGACGUUUCAUCUCAUUCCUGUCAUUUACAGCACCAAUACUGGUCUCGCAUUUUUAUGAACUUCCAAUUCGACAAAGUAUGCAGUUUUAUUGUUUGAAGGAGAUGAGAUUGAAAGGAGAAUUGAAUGUUAUAUGCUCGGUAGCCCCUGAAUGUGUCCUCCAUGAAUUGUAAUACAAACCCCUUAUUUAAACGAAUACAUUUCUUCCUCCCUAAAUAGAGCAUUUUGACUGUUGGAUAAAUGGCAAUAUCUGUGCAAAAUCCUCUCGUUAUGAUUGCUGCAAAGUUUCAUAUAGCUUUGCCAUGGAAAUGUGAGUGUCGUCAUUGCUAUGCCAAUGCCAGCGUGUGUUUGUUUUUGUUUUUUUGGAUAGGGUGGCAUGUGUUUGGAUAAUUAGAAAUUGACAGUUGCUUUGGUAGCUGGUACCUGAUAGUGACUGUGGGGAAUAAGAAUAGCAGGGGUGCGUUCAUUACAAAAAAGUUGCUGUGGUGAAUUGGUGCCGUUAUUUGAACGUUUAAUCAGGAGGAUACAGUAUUGCUGUUCAAUUCAUUGUAAAGUAUUGCUUUUAAAAAUUGGUUUUUAAUUAAUUUUAAUUCUGCUGUCCAUCCCCCAUGCAACCCCCGUCCCUUGUAAGUUUGUUAUCAUGACUAUGUACAAAAAGACAUUGGGAGAGAAUCACAGAUUUAACAUAUUUGUAUUUUUUAUUUUUUUUUAUUUCAGCAGAGAAAAUACUUGAUGCAUUUACUAGAGGCUUAGUAAUGCGGUAAAUAACAAAUCACUGGGGCUUUUUUUCCUUGUUUUCAUUAAUGAAUAUGAGCAGCUAGUGGUUUAGGAUAAUGAAAUGCACUAACUUUGUUUUAAAAAAAAAAACUUAUUGUUAUGUAAUGUGAAAUUAUACUAGGAGCAUAAGGUAAUGAUAUUGAUGUUGACAGGCUUGCAGAAAUCUACAGAAAAUAGCAAAUUUCUCUUUAAUGUUUGGGUUAUUACCGUUAAUUGAUUUAGGGGUUGGUGUGGCAAAGGGAAGAAUUAUAUAACAAUGGAUUGAAGUUAGACACUAAAUUCUAGCUGUCUGCAUAAAAUGUCACAAAAAGAAAAUAAAUUAUUUUGUUUUGGCCUUA